GUGGGAGGGCUCAACCCUAGCUCAGCCUGCUCCCUUCUUUAGCUGGCUUUCCCAGCUGUCAUUGGGCCUCUGCUAGGUCAGUUAACGCUGGCAGAGGAAAAAUCUCCAAGCGGGCAAGGAGCUCUAUUGUACACCAGUGCACAUCUGGCUCUGGACAAGAUGCUUGGAACAAAACAAGCAGUCGAUAAAGAUGUGGUGGAGAAAUGACUACUUGAAAAUAAUUUGACACUGGGGAGUUGCGAAUGGAGCCGACGCUUCCUUCCUUCUGGGGUGGCAGGUGUUGCUGGUGAUGGAGGCAGCAGCAGAGAAGUCGUCCCUCCUUCUCCACCUCCAGAGUCGGGAAGCUGAACGCUCUGAAACAGGAAGUGUGGCAGACAGACACCGCAGCCAUGACCACCCACGUCACUUUGGAAGAUGCCCUGUCCAACGUGGACCUGCUGGAGGAACUGCCCCUCCCGGACCAGCAGCCAUGCAUCGAGCCUCCGCCAUCCUCCAUCAUGUACCAGGCUAACUUUGACACGAACUUCGAGGACAGGAAUGCGUUUGUCACGGGCAUUGCAAGGUACAUUGAACAGGCAACGGUCCACUCCAGCAUGAAUGAAAUGCUGGAGGAGGGACACGAGUAUGCGGUGAUGCUGUACACCUGGCGGAGCUGCUCCCGGGCCAUCCCCCAGGUAAAGUGCAAUGAACAGCCCAACCGGGUAGAGAUCUAUGAGAAGACAGUGGAAGUACUGGAGCCAGAGGUCACCAAGCUCAUGAAGUUCAUGUACUUUCAGCGCAAGGCCAUCGAGCGCUUCUGUAGCGAGGUGAAGCGGCUGUGCCAUGCCGAGCGCAGGAAGGACUUUGUCUCGGAGGCCUACCUGCUGACCCUGGGCAAGUUCAUCAACAUGUUCGCAGUCUUGGAUGAGCUAAAGAACAUGAAGUGCAGCGUCAAGAACGACCACUCUGCCUACAAGAGAGCGGCCCAGUUCCUAAGGAAGAUGGCGGACCCCCAGUCCAUUCAGGAGUCUCAGAACCUGUCUAUGUUCCUGGCCAAUCACAACAGGAUCACCCAGUGUCUUCACCAGCAACUGGAAGUGAUUCCAGGUUACGAGGAACUGCUGGCAGACAUUGUCAACAUCUGCGUGGAUUACUACGAGAAUAAGAUGUAUCUGACACCCAGUGAGAAACACAUGCUCCUCAAGGUAAUGGGCUUUGGCCUCUACCUGAUGGAUGGAAAUGUCAGUAACAUUUACAAACUGGAUGCCAAGAAGAGAAUCAACCUUAGCAAAAUUGAUAAGUUCUUUAAGCAGCUGCAGGUGGUACCCCUUUUCGGCGACAUGCAGAUAGAGCUGGCCAGAUACAUUAAGACCAGUGCUCACUAUGAAGAAAACAAGUCCAAAUGGACAUGCACUCAGAGCAGCAUCAGCCCCCAGUACAACAUCUGCGAGCAGAUGGUUCAGAUCCGGGAUGACCACAUCCGUUUCAUCUCUGAGCUGGCUCGCUACAGCAACAGUGAGGUGGUGACAGGCUCAGGGCUGGACAGCCAGAAGUCAGAUGAAGAGUACCGAGAGCUUUUUGACCUGGCCCUUCGAGGCCUGCAGCUUCUAUCCAAGUGGAGUGCCCAUGUCAUGGAGGUGUACUCUUGGAAGCUGGUUCACCCCACAGACAAGUUCUGCAAUAAGGACUGCCCGGGAACAGCCGAAGAGUACGAGCGAGCCACGCGCUACAACUACACCAGCGAGGAGAAGUUUGCCUUUGUGGAGGUGAUCGCCAUGAUCAAGGGCCUGCAGGUGCUCAUGGGAAGGAUGGAGAGUGUCUUCAACCAGGCCAUCCGCAACACUAUUUAUGCGGCCCUGCAGGAUUUCGCCCAGGUGACAUUACGUGAGCCGUUGCGGCAAGCGGUGCGCAAGAAAAAGAAUGUCCUUAUCAGUGUCCUGCAGGCAAUUCGCAAGACCAUCUGUGACUGGGAGGGAGGCCGAGAGCCCCCCAAUGACCCAUGUUUAAGAGGGGAAAAGGACCCCAAAGGUGGCUUUGACAUCAAGGUGCCCCGCCGUGCUGUGGGACCAUCCAGCACACAGCUGUACAUGGUCCGUACCAUGCUGGAGUCGCUCAUCGCCGACAAGAGCGGCUCCAAGAAGACACUCCGAAGCAGCCUGGAUGGACCCAUCGUCCUCGCCAUAGAGGACUUCCACAAGCAGUCCUUCUUCUUCACACACUUGCUCAACAUCAGCGAAGCCCUACAGCAGUGCUGUGACCUCUCCCAGCUCUGGUUCCGAGAAUUCUUCCUGGAGUUAACCAUGGGCCGGCGAAUCCAGUUCCCCAUUGAGAUGUCCAUGCCCUGGAUUCUAACGGACCAUAUCCUGGAAACCAAAGAGCCUUCCAUGAUGGAGUAUGUCCUCUACCCCUUGGAUCUGUACAACGACAGCGCCUACUAUGCUCUCACCAAGUUCAAAAAGCAGUUUCUCUAUGAUGAGAUUGAAGCCGAGGUGAACCUGUGUUUUGAUCAGUUUGUCUACAAGCUGGCAGACCAGAUCUUCGCCUACUACAAAGCCAUGGCCGGCAGUGUCCUGUUGGAUAAACGUUUUAGAGCUGAAUGUAAGAAUUACGGAGUGAUCAUUCCAUACCCACCAUCCAACCGCUAUGAGACGCUGCUAAAACAGAGACAUGUCCAGCUGUUGGGUAGAUCAAUUGACUUGAACAGACUCAUCACCCAGCGGAUUUCUGCUGCCAUGUACAAAUCCUUGGACCAGGCCAUCAGCCGCUUUGAGAGUGAAGAUCUGACUUCGAUUGUGGAGCUAGAGUGGCUGCUGGAGAUUAACCGCCUCACGCACCGACUCCUCUGUAAGCACAUGACACUGGACAGCUUCGACGCCAUGUUCCGAGAAGCCAAUCAUAAUGUGUCUGCCCCGUAUGGCCGCAUCACCCUGCAUGUCUUCUGGGAGCUGAACUUUGACUUCCUCCCCAACUACUGCUAUAAUGGAUCCACAAACCGUUUUGUCCGAACUGCCAUCCCCUUCACCCAAGAACCACAACGAGAUAAACCCGCCAACGUCCAGCCUUAUUACCUCUAUGGAUCCAAGCCUCUCAACAUUGCCUACAGCCACAUCUACAGCUCCUACAGGAACUUUGUGGGGCCCCCUCACUUCAAGACCAUCUGCAGACUGCUGGGCUACCAGGGCAUUGCCGUGGUCAUGGAGGAACUUCUAAAAAUCGUCAAGAGCUUGCUCCAAGGCACCAUUCUGCAGUACGUGAAGACGCUGAUAGAGGUGAUGCCGAAAAUAUGCCGAUUGCCUCGGCAUGAGUAUGGUUCCCCAGGGAUCCUGGAGUUCUUCCACCAUCAACUGAAGGACAUCAUCGAGUACGCAGAACUCAAAACAGACGUGUUCCAAAGCCUCAGAGAAGUGGGCAACGCCAUCCUGUUCUGUCUCCUCAUAGAGCAAGCUCUGUCUCAGGAGGAAGUCUGUGAUCUGCUUCAUGCUGCACCCUUCCAAAACAUCCUGCCCCGAGUCUACAUCAAAGAGGGGGAGCGCCUGGAAGUCCGGAUGAAGCGCCUGGAAGCCAAGUACGCCCCACUUCACCUGGUCCCCCUGAUAGAACGGCUGGGAACUCCUCAGCAAAUCGCCAUCGCUCGAGAAGGUGACCUGCUGACCAAGGAGCGGCUCUGCUGUGGCCUGUCCAUGUUCGAAGUCAUCCUGACCCGAAUUCGGAGCUACCUGCAGGACCCCAUCUGGAGGGGCCCGCCACCCACCAAUGGCGUCAUGCACGUGGACGAGUGUGUCGAAUUCCACCGGCUGUGGAGUGCCAUGCAAUUUGUCUACUGCAUCCCUGUGGGGACCAACGAGUUCACAGCUGAGCAGUGCUUCGGUGACGGCUUGAACUGGGCGGGCUGCUCCAUCAUCGUCUUGCUGGGCCAGCAGCGGCGCUUUGACCUGUUCGACUUCUGUUACCAUCUGCUGAAGGUGCAAAGGCAGGACGGGAAGGAUGAAAUCAUUAAGAACGUGCCCCUGAAGAAGAUGGCUGACCGCAUCAGGAAGUACCAGAUCUUGAACAAUGAGGUUUUUGCCAUCCUGAACAAGUACAUGAAGUCCGUGGAGACAGACAGCUCCACUGUGGAGCACGUGCGCUGCUUCCAGCCCCCAAUCCACCAGUCACUGGCCACCACCUGCUAGGCAGAAAGUCCCGCAGACCUCCAACCUGGAGGAGGAGGAGAAGCAGGAGAGGAAACGCCGUGGUCAGCCUGCAGCAGGUCCAGCUGACAGUGUGUGGAACUGGCCUAGAAGGAAAAGAAAACCUCCCCAACACAUCUGCACCACUCCCAAGGGCUGGGCUCCCGCAUGUUCUCCCGUGAUAUCUCCAUGGUGGGUUUUCCAUAGUGUAAAUGAAAAACAACAAAAACACAGGACAGUGUGUGUUUUCUUUUUUCUUUUUUUUUUACCUUGACUAUAUCUAAGAGCUACUGUUUCCAUCCUGCGGCUCCCCGCCCCAUCUGUUUUGGCUUCCAAGACCACCUCCCAACAUCGUAACCCCCUACCCAGUCCAUGUGAUCCAGCACUGUAGUCUUAGGGACUAAGAAGAGAGUGUAGCCAUAGCAGAGGGAUCUGCCUGACCCAAUCGUGUGCCUCAGCUUACUGGCCUGUGUUCUGUGGCUUCCCCCUCCAGUUCACUGGUACAUUGCUUCCUGGUCGAGAUGUUAGGGAUUCCAUCAACAAGGUUUGACCCUUGGUGAACCAGGAAGAGAUUUCGGACUGUCAAGACAAUAGAUGAUGUUGGCCAGGACCUAUUAUAGUCUCCCUAAGACCCACCCUAGACCCUCCUUGCAGAACAGUCCUAGAGAGAAGAAAAGGAUGAUUUCAAAACCAUAUCACAGUGAGUGGGAGUAGGUGAAGAAAACGGCCAGGCCUACCGUGUAGAAGCAAACCUGUGGGCACAGGCCAAAACUUCAGAUCCCAGAGGAGAGAGGUUAGGCUUGUCACCAGGGUGGGAAGAUGAGGCACUGUGUUCCUCAUGUAGAUGCUCAGCACUGGACCACAUGGGUAAUGGACAUGUCGGCCAUGGCACAACACAUACUAUUAGCCAGCGACCCAGUUAGUGAGUUCUUAACACAGGACCUCAUCCAAGAAAAUCCCACAUGAAGGAACAUGUUAAGGGGUUACUUCGACAGAUACCUACACCAUCUUGAAGACAGGGAGGCAAGGAGGAAAACUGCUUGUCAACAAGCUUUCAAUCCCGAGACACACCCCCACAAAAGAAGUCAUCUUUGAGCAAACUGGAGUUUUCAUCAUGUCAGCUGCUGAAAGUCUUGGAACGUUUUAUUCUUUUGCUCUCAACUUCCUGGUCCCUUCCUUUUACACAUGUUCAGUGCUGGGGUAGAGAUUCUCUCACAGGGGUGUUACUCACUUCUACUUUCCAGACUGACUAAACGCCCCUACAGAAUCUCCACCUGUAGGAGAUCUCCAAGGAGAUAGCCAUGUCUCCAUACAGAGCUAGUCAUCUGACCUGCAGAGGGAGGCCAUAAUCCUGAGCCCCCAAAACAUAGGAAGUGGAUUCUAGGUACUCUGCCAACCCAGUGAGAAAGUGAGAGGAGAGAGGACUAGCCAUCCCCUCCCCCAGGAAGAUGACUGACAUCCAUCACCAUUUUUAACCACACGGAAAACAGCAGAGAUGUGCAUAACUAGUGCCUUGAGACGCGGCCAUGUAUUCCACAGGGAGGCCAUGUAAAUUGGAACCCUUGAGGGUCAUCCACUUGAGUGUUCAUUUCUGGACAUGCCUCCGAUGCACUAAGCCAGAAUCUCUGGGAAGAGGGCCAGAAGAUCUACUUUACUGCAUACCACAGAUUCAGAGCCCUGUUCUAGGCUCUGCGGUCUAAGCAAGAACCAGCAUCGUUUGCAGUUUAGGGGCGUGGUUUGAAAUGAAGCUGGUCAGUCUUCCUGUCUGGCACUGUCACUUCCUAGUCUGAUCUUUUGUCUCCUUUGAUAACCAUAGAUAUAUCCCAGAGGCAGAGUCCACCUUCCAGAUUUUCAGUCCUGGCUGGGACGAGUACCUGACUCUCUGAGAUGACCAGAUUUUUACACUCUCGAGUCGGUUUGAAGCCCUCCAUUCCUGCUCUGUAGGGAUCUGGGCCAUUCCCUUCAUAAGUUGGCCGUUCUGGCAGCUCAUCUUCCCACCCUGCACUCAUGACCCCAAAAGUUGACCCUCUGGGAAGAGUCACAUUCUCAAGAGACUUGAUCCCAAUAAAUUGAGGUCCUCACUUUGAGGGGGGAGCUCUUAUUUCCUCAGCACUUGUCUGUGGACUCUGGACAACUUCAAUGUUCUUUCCUCUCUAGUGGUCCUUGUCCCCCCCACCCCCCAGCCUUUUUGAUUUUUUUUUAUGUAUUUAAAAAUCAAGAAAAAAAAAAGCUUAGAUUUUAAAAUGUUUUAAAAAGAAUUCUGUUUCAGGAACUGUCAAAUGUGUACCAUAUUUGUAUUAAGAGUUGUUGGGGGAUUUUUGUACAAUGAAUUUACAUUUAUUUAUGGUGAACUUAUAUUUACGCUCGUGAUCAAAUGAUGUUAAAUUCUUAAAUCAUAUUUGCUAUGCAGCUGAAGAUGAUAUUUUGAUUUGUAUUUGGGGGUACCUGUGUUUAGUUGAUAAACAUUUUCAUCUCCAUUAAAAACCGCUUCCAAACCAGUUAAA